GGGCGGCCGGGCGGGUCUGCCUGCAGUUCGAGACGCCCGUGCACCUUCGGCAGGUCCAGUUCCUCUCGCACCAGAGCAAGAUCGCCUCCAAGAUCGAGCUCUUCACCGCCCCGCCGCCGCCCGCCGCGGACGCCCGCCCCGAGGGCUCGCAGUUCAAGCGGCUCGGCUACCUGUCCCUCGACUGCAACGAGCGGUCGCAGUUCCAGGCCAGGGAGCUCAAGAGCGUGUACGUGGACGUGGCGGCCCAGUUCCUCCGCAUCCUGCUGCACAAGUGCCACGUGAACCGCUACAACAUCGUCAACCAGGUCGGGCUCAUCGCCUUGAACUGUCUCGGGGAGGUGCUCGGCCCAGACCUCGCGACGGGACCCCCGCCGCCACACCCCGCGCUGGCCCGCUCUCCUGGCGACGCGCCGCGGGACCACUGGCCCGCGGCGGGCAGCCGCGCCGCGCCGGCGCCGCCGGCGCAGGCGGCGGCCGCGCCGGCUGCCGCCGCAGAGUCGAUCCAGGACGAGGCCACCUACGAUCCCAGGACGCUCGAGCGCAUACAGGCCCUGACGGCGGCCAAGCGGAGGGCGGUGGAGGCAGAGGACUACGAGGAGGCCAAGCGGUGCAAGGACAUGCUCGCUCGGCUGAGGCACGUGGGGAAGAUGCUCCGCGAGCUGGAGGACAGGAAGAGAGCGUGCGUGCAGAGCGAGGACUACGACGCCGCCAAAGCCCUGAAGGUGGAGAUCGAGAGGCUCCGCCUCUCCAUCGAGCAGCCGGCGGGGCCGCCCCCCGCCGCGGACCAGCCGCCGCAGGGCCGUACCGCGGCCGACCACCAGGCGGGCCCGCCCCCGCGGCGCCCCCGCCGCCGCACACGGGAACAUCGUCCAGAGGCCGCCACGAGCCCGACGACGGCGCCGCGGAGGUCGGCGGCGCGCCGCCGCGGAGGUCCUCGCCGCCGCUCCGGCCGCAGCCGACGAGGCCCGCGCUGCCGCCAGCGGAAGCUCGCGCCGUCGGCGCGCCCCCGCACGCCGCCGACGAGCAGGACGACGGCGCCGAGGAGGCGACCGGCGCUGGCGCGCCCUCGCCGACGAUCCCGGAGCACGACGAGUAUUGGGAGGAGGCCGCGCCCAAGCCGCAGCCCGCCCACGCCUCGGGCGGGAGACAGCCCCCGCGCUCCCCGCCGGUGGGCGCGGCGCGGGCCGGCGACCUCGGCGCCCCGCCUCCGGCCGCGCGGCUGGAGAGGGCGUCGUCCGACAGGUCCGACCCCGCCGACCUGGCGGGGCACCCCCUCGCGGGGGUGCCCAACAUCGAGGACCUGGCGAAGCCGGAAGAGCUGCACCCGCAGCACGCGGACGAGACCAGGGCCCUUCAUAGAGUUCAUUGGCGAUCCGAACGCUGUGCGGACCUUGCGCGUUGCCUCUGUUCCAAGACCUGGAACCUCAGAGACGCCGCCUUGCAGAAGCUGUCCUUGGAGCUCGCCGCGGGCGCCUACGACGGCCAGGAUCCCGGGAGGCUGCUGAGCGUGUUUGGCGCCGUUCUGCGACGGGCGAUCCCGGACAAGAAUGUGCAGGUGUUCCUGUCCAGCGCGGCGUUGCUGCAGGGCACGCUCCGCCGGACCGGGGGGCGCCGGGGGGCCCAGCCCGCGCUGGAGCCGCUGGUGCCGCUGCUGGUGGACCGCCUGGGCGACGCCAACGCGCGGGUGGAGAAGACCACCAAGGACGCGCUGAUGCUCCUGGCGCAGAGCGCGGCCCUCGGCAUCCCCGCCUGCGCCCAGCACCUGCUCAGGCCGCCGCAGAGGAAGACGGUACCGCCGCGAGUCCUCGUGUCCCGCCUGCAGCUGCUGACCGCCCUCGUGGGCGAUGGAGGAGUGCAGCCCGAGAGCCCCCACGGGCUGCCGCUGGACCAGACCGUGCAGCUGGCGGUGGACUGGUUCAACAACAAGGAGGCCGACGUCCGGACCAGCGCCGUCAGGCUCGUGGCGGCCUGCCACGCGCUCGUGGGCCUCGGCAGGAUCGCGGGGCACCUGCAGCAGCUGCGGCCGGCGCAGCGGGAGGUCUUCGACGCGGAGUUCGAGGCGGCCGGGCGCGACCACGCCGCCCUCACCCCGGCCGCCGCCUCGGCACGCAGGGGCUCCGCAGGCGCCGUGCCGGGGCUGCCGCCGCCAAGCAAGCCGCCGACGCGCGGCGACAACCCCAGUUCCGUCGGCGGGGGGACCACGCAGACCUUCGAGUACAGCGACGACGAGGCGGACGAGUCCACCUGCCAGUUCUGCGGCAGGCACGACCCGAGCUUCACGGUGGAGACCAUCGACGUCCACUACUGGAGGGAGUGCCCCAUGCUCGCCCAGUGCGAGUUCUGCCAGCAGGUCAUCGAGAUCUCCACGCUCCACUCCCACUGGUGUGAGGAGUGCGAGAAGGAGGAGAAGGCGCGCGCCAGGGCGGAGGCCACGACCGGCUCGCAGUGCCCGCUGUGCGCGGUGGAGCUGCCGGGCACCGAGGACGCCGACUGGCGGGAGCACCUGCUCGAGGGCGGCGGCUGCCCCAAGAACCCGCGCAGGGUCCCCCGGCCGGCCGACUGAGCCAACUCGCGGCCCUCGGGCAGCUCCGCCACGCUGAGGGGACAUGCCCGACCUGACCCUACGCUGCAGCUCCGCCUCGGGCAGCGCCGAGGGGGUCACCGCCACUCGGAGGAGGAAGAAGGAGCUCCUCCUCCACCUCCUCCUCCUCCUUCUCCUCCUCGGGUUCAAACCAUCCCCUUCCGUGAGGAGUCAUUCACCUUUGUUCUCUGUGCAUGGCUGGGGCCUGCCUAGAUCAUGCUCGCGAUUUGCCGCGUCUACCUGGGCGCGCGCGUGCGUGCCACGUGCUGUGUGUAGUCAGCUUGCGAUCGCGGCAGCUCGCCUCAUCGU